CCUGAACUUUAAACUUUACUCAUUCAGCCACUUUACUGGAGAAUCACUGCAAUGCAGCCAAAACACAGCUAACAAAUCCAGAGGACUAAAAUGGGAACUCAAAAGUGGACAAUAUGGUCUGUUUUGUUCAUGUUCUUGUUUCAUCAGGCAGAAUUGACAGUGUUUCUAUCAGCUCAAGAAGCAAAUAAAAUAAUUGCAAGAUCAAAACGUGCCCGUUUAAUUUUUCUUGAGGAGAUCUUACAAGGUAAUCUAGAAAGAGAAUGCCUUGAAGAAAUAUGUUCAUAUGAAGAAGCAAGAGAAGUGUUUGAAAACACAGAAGAAACAGACAAGUUUUGGAAUGGUUAUUUUGGUGGUCAACAGUGCUCUUUGAAUCCCUGCUUGCAUAAUGGUGUGUGCAAAGACACCAUUCGCAGUUACACAUGCAGUUGUAUUGAUGGGUACGAAGGAAGAAACUGUGCUUUUGCUAAAAACGAGUGCCGCCAUGAAAUGAAUGUGGGUUGUCAACACUUUUGCUAUCCAGAACUGAAGUCCUACCGCUGCUCGUGCGCACAAGGCUAUGAACUUGUGAAAGGCAAAUUCUGUGUUCCACUAGAUCAGUGUGCAUGUGGCAAAUUUGAAGAGGACGUGCAAAUGAAACUAAUUGCAGCUGAGAACAUCAACAGAGGAUUCCCUUGGCAGGUCCUUCUCUUAAGCUCUGAGGGAGAAGGACUGUGUGGAGGCGUUCUACUGAAAACCAGCUUCGUACUGACUACAGCUGCCUGUGCACUGCUCUCUCCUGUCAGUGCCGUGAUUGGAAAUGACAGAUUGCAUGGAGCUAGACAAUUCAUAUACGUGAAUCAGGUAAACAUACACCUCCGCUAUGACAACAGCACCGGCAAGAACAACCUGGCAGUGCUAGAACUCGAAACGCCUAGUGCCUGCAACAGCUCCCAGUUACCCAUAUGCCUUCCAGAGAGGGAUUUUGCAGAGCACGUAUUGAUUUCACAACAGGUGGCCACUCUUAGUGGGUGGAAAAUGGAGGGAAACAACUUGGCUGAUUCACUAGCUGAAUUUCAAAUUCUGUAUCUCCACGAAAAUGAAUGUGCACAAACACUCAAUAGAACUAUGAUAACCAGGGAAUUCUGUGGAUACAGUCCUAAGGCAAGAAGAGAAAAACUGGCUGGAGGAAGUUUCAGUGCUGUUAAAUAUAAAGGCACUUGGUUUCUGACGGGCAUUUUAGAAUCACAGGGAACAGAAGCAGAUGAGCGGGAAACGUUUAUAUUCACCAAGAUUUCAAGAUACAUGAUGUGGUUCAAACAGAUAAUCGAGUAAUCAAAUGCCGCAACAAAUGAAUACACAGUAUUAAUACAGGUUGCUGUUGAAAAUGUGUGUAUACUCAUCAAUUAAAAUAAAGAGGUUUGAUCUCCUCUC